AUGAUGUCUUAUAUUCCCAAGAAUCGUAUCCAGCUCAGGGAGCUUCAGGCUUCAAACCUGCAUGAUUUCCACAGAAUUUGGUCCAACCCAAAUGCCACUAAGUGGACCACCUAUGGCAAUUGCUCUACUCUAUCGCAGAGUCAAACAUGGCUUGAGAUUCUCCUAUUGAAAAAUCCAUCCUCUCGCAACUACGGUGUCUUUUUAAAAGAAUCGUCUCGUAUGAUUGGUAUCGUUGGGUGCUUCCGCACCGACUCUGAAGUCGGGUAUAUCUUCGUGGAGGAAUUCUGGGGCAGAGGUUAUGCCAGUGAAGCUUUGGGAAAGUGGUUGGAGACGUAUGGUGGGGAUGGUGUCAUCGGAGCCAAGGUGAAAACAGGAAAUGGGGCAAGCGUCAAGGUAUUGGGAAAGUGUGGCUUCGUACCUGUGGAAAGUACUGAAGGGGAUAAUUUCCUGGCAUUUGAGAGGAAGGCUGUUAAGGCUUGA